AUGGCAGGCCCAGAUGUGCUUGUUACAGGAUCUGCCGGUCACCUUGGUCACGCUUUGAUGCUUGACCUCCAAACACAUGGGUUCACACCCUUGGGUAUUGAUAUUCUUGAGUCAGAACACACCUCUGCAGUAGGUCCUGUCUCUGACCGUGGCUUCAUUUCGAGUAUUUUCGAAGACCAUCCAUCACUUCGUUACGUCCUUCACACUGCCACUCUCCACAAACCGCACAUUGGAUCACAUUCCAAAGAAGAAUUCAUCGAGACGAACAACAAGGGARCUCUAGUACUCCUUGAAGAAGCCAGCAAGACCCGUAGAAUUGAAGCAUUCAUUUUUGCAUCUACUACUUCAACUUUUGGUGCAGCGUUGGCCCCGAAAUUUGGUCAACCAGCAGCAUGGAUUGAUGAAACCGUGGUUCCUAUCCCAAAGAACAUAUACGGAACAACGAAAACGGCGGCUGAAGACCUCUGUCAACUCAUUCAUAUCGAGAGCAAAAUGCCCGUCAUAGUGCUCAAGCUCUCCAGAUUCUUCCCGGAGCCGGACGAUAGCGAAGAGGCACGGAAUGCCUACGAAGACGACAAUCUCAAAGUCUGCGAGCUUUUAUACCGGAGAGUGGAUAUCUCGGAUGUCGUUCUUGCGCAUGUUUGUGCAAUGCGAGAGGCGAAGAGGAUUGGAUGGGCGAAAUUUGUGAUUAGCGCUCCACCUCCCUUUGAUCGUAACAAGGACACUCUUGAUGCGUUGAAUGAUAGUCGUGCGAGUGUUGUCAUCCAGCAGACUUUACCGAAGCAUGCGGAGCUUCUUCUUCGUCAUGGUUGGAGAUUGCCAGAUAAUAUGGAUCGGGUCUAUGAUUCCCGCAAAUCUAUGAGGGAACUCGGAUGGCGGCCGGUCUUCACAUUUGAGCGAGCCGUGGAGCGUGUGAGUGAAGGGCAAGAAUGGAGGAGUGAAUUGAGUGUGAGGGUUGGAAAAAGGGGAUAUCACGCGAAGCCUACUGGAGUGUAUACCGCUUGA